AUGACAACUGUCACAGUGACCACAGAAGUUCCCCCAAGAGCUAAGACAGAAGGCAAUUCUGUCUCGUAUGGAUCUUCAUCAGCUCACAUUAUUGAAGAAACCGAGUACGUGAAAAAGAUCCGAACUACCCUGGAAAAGAUCCGAAAUCACAUGUUUAAAGAUGAAGAAGGAUACAGCAAUGCAAAUUACAAAGUAGAUGCAGAGCCACCUGGAAACAUGAAGGAUGGCUCAGAUUCCACAACAGACCACACCUGUUUGGAUUUGCUCAUGGAAAACAUGAGAAGAAAAGACCAGCAGCUCCUAGAAAUGAACAGAGAGAAUGAAAUGUUGAAAAUCAAGCUGGAAGCUUCCCGAGAGGCAGGAGCAGCCACUUUGAGAAACGUGGCCCAGAGAUUAUUUGACAACUACCAAACACAUUCUGAAGACAUGAAGAGAAAGCAUGAGGACAGUAAACGUUUACUUCAGAUCAACAACCUUGAAAAAGAGCAGACGUUAAAGCAUCGUGCUGAAAAUCUGAGUCAACUUUCAGAAAAACUUGAAGAGAAGCAUGUUCAAAUCAUAGGACUGGAGAACCGUGUACAGAGGAUGGAAAACGAAAAGAAAACACUCCUAGAGAGAAAAUUGUGUUUGGAAAACAAGCUGCUGCAACUCAAGUCCAAUGAUGCACAUUCGAAAAGUUGCCAGGGUCUUCAGACAGAGAUUUCCAUCCUCCAGGAGCAGAUCUGUCAUCUGCAGUUCGUGAUUCACUCCCAGCAUCAGAGUCUGCGCAACAUCAUCCAGGAGAUGGAAGGAUUAAAAAAUACUUUAAAGGAACAAGAUAAAAAAAUUGAAAAUUUGAAAGAGAAGGUCUACAUCCUUGAAUCUCAGAAUAAGGAACUGAAAACCAAGGUGGCACAUUGGACUGAAACUCCUAAGACAUCACUAUCUAAGGCUGUUUCUACUAGUGAAUUCAAGUCUGAAGGUGCUUCUCCCUAUCUGAUGCUGAUCAGGCUACGGAAGUGAACAGGCUGGAUGGAGCUUUGAUGGAGAAGGACUAUGAGGAUCUUAUUUAUUCCUUGAAAUGCAGUUUCCCCUCCCAAGUUAAAACAAUAUCAUGCCAGUGUUUAUUUAAAUGUAACUUAUUGUACAUCAAUACAGUUUAUAGGAAGGUGAUAUUACAGGCAAUUCAACAAAUGUCUGCUGGAGAGAAGAAACUUUUUUUUUUCGUUUUCAAAGCUUAAGUUAAGAAACCAGGUACUUUCCUAUGAUGGAAGAUGAAUUCUACUUUAAACUUAAAAAAUAAAAUAAAACCUGAUCCAUAUACUAAGAUAUUUUACUAAAGCACCUCUUUUAAAGUUUUCAGAUUUGAGCUUUGAUAGUGAUUUUUAUAUGUACAUGUGAAAAGAAGGAUGUCAAUGUGUAUGAAUGGAUGAUGUAUUUUAAUUUAGCCUUUAUAUAAUAAUAUCUUACUAUGACACAUAUCAUUGUUCUUUAGAAGUUCAAUUGCUAGAGGAAAACUUCACACAUAAACACAUAGAUGAUACAAGUGGUGCAUUUUACUUUGUUACUUAUUUUCUUCUUGAUAUAAAUGUUAUCUAAAAUAAUUAUGUAGAAGGAUAGAACACAGUGCUGUUACCACAUAUCUCCAUAAAAAUGUAAAUAUUCCAGUUCAGUGGAACAAUAGUUGCUGUCUACAGCCAGGAAGAAUCAUAAUUCAUGAUCUGGAAUGUUUGCCUGGUGUAGGGGUGGUUGUCUGUGCUUUACCCCUGAGGCACCACCCUUAGUAGGCUGCAGGUAACUGCUAGGUAUCUGCCCCCCACCCUGGGCCAUGGCCGAGGGGAGACCCCUUAAGACUUGGAAUGUGUAUGUGCUCACUCUCUUGGCUACCUCGUGAUCCUGGAUGCUGGAUGCUGGUACUG